GCCGGGUCUCUGGGCCGUUACCGGGGAAAAGAUGGUGGAAGCUGUGGCGGCAACGUGCACAAAACUCCGUCCAAAACAUUUCGGAAAAUAUUUACCAUCUCAGCCUGGCAUAGGAUAUCGGUUACCGGGGGACAAACACAGAUAAUACACGCUAAAGAAAAGAUAAAUCCGGCGUUUGUGUGACGGGGAAUGCUACACACACGCAUAUACACACAGAUUAGUGGUGUGAAAACGUGGGUGAUGAAGUCACGACCAAGUUGUGAAAUUAACCAGAACUAGUUCUAGUGAAUCUAUUCGCUAGUAUUCGACUGUUCUGUGGUGGAAGUGUCGACAGGCAGGUCAAGAUAGAUUUUAUUGGAGCUGACUCGCGCUGUGUGUGUGUGUGUGUGAGCGCCGUAUGGUUGUAGUUGUGUGUGUGUGUGUGUGAGGAACAGCUAAAGCAGAAUUAGCUUGUGUUGGAUCAGCUGACAGCAUGCCACGGAGCAGAAAAGGGAAACGUGGGGCCGCUUCAAGUAAAGGCUCGCUUCGACAGGAAGUACUUCUCUUGCAACUUUCAGCCAAGACAGCAGUGUCACGUCCAGGAAAGAAUGGAGGAAAAGGAGGAUCCGGUGCCAGUGAUGAUGAGUUGGCAUCUGAGGUGCUCAGUCAUUACAGCAGUGCCAGUGAGAGUGCCUCAGUGUUGGAUGAAGGAGCAGGCGAGGUGGUGGAUGAACAGACCGCUCAGGAGGAAACAGAAGACAAACUAAAGCAGUGUAUCGACAACCUGAUGGACAAGAGUGUGAAGACACGGCUAGCAGCGCUGGAGAGCUUGCGAUUAGCCUUCUCCUCCCGAGUGCUGUAUGACUUCCUGCUAGAAAGACGCCUCACCAUCGGCGACUGCCUGGAACGUAGCCUGAAGAAAGGUGGAGGAGAGGAGCAGGCAGCAGCAGCCACGCUAUGUGCACUCCUCUGUAUUCAGCUGGGAGGUGGAUUUGAAGGCGAGGAGGGCUUCAAGAUGUUUCGCCCCAUCCUUAGCUCCAUCCUGACGGACAGCUGUGCCAGCCUAUCCGCUCGUCAGAGUUGUGCCCGAGCACUGGGGAUGUGCUGUUACGUGUCCGCGUCAGACAACGCUGAAGAUUUGUUGAAGUGUAUGGGGCAUUUGGAGAGUGUGUUUGUAAGUGCAUAUCCACUGGGUGAUGGUAGUUUACCCACAGUUAAAGCUGGAAUGCCGGCUCUCCACAGCGCUGCCCUUCAGGCCUGGGCUCUGCUCAGUACUCUGUGUCCUGCUUCCCACAUCAGAAACAUCGUCAGGCAUCAUUUGCCUCAGCUGCAGGCUUGUUUGGAGAGCAGUGAGGUGAACUUCAGGAUCGCUGUAGGAGAGACCAUCGCUCUGCUGUAUGAAUUGGCAAGAGAAGUUGAUGAGGAGUUUGAGUAUGAGGAAUGUGACGUGCUGUGUGAGAGUCUGAAGCGUUUGGCAACCGACGGAAAUAAACAUCGGGCCAAAAAUGACCGGCGCAAACAGCGCUCCAUCUUCCGCGAGGUGCUGCAUUACAUCGAGGGUGAGGAUUUCUCUGAGGAGAAGGUCCGUUUUGGGGUCGAGGUGCUCUACCUUGACGGCUGGAUGCGACGCCGGAUUUAUGAUGCCUUUAAGGAGGUGCUGGAGUCUGGAGUGAGCCACCACCUGCAGGUUAACCCACUACUGAGAGAUAUUUUUGGACUCGGAGCUCCUCUCAUUCUGGACUCUUCAGUCAAGGCCACCCGGAUCUCCCGCACAGAAAGGCACCUUUUCAAUUCAGCUGCGUUUAAAGCCCGGACAAAACUACGGAACAAAGUGAGGGACAAACGAGCAGACGUGAUGUGAUGUCACUGCUGAUGAAGAUGACUUGAUGCAGAUAGAGGAACACUACACACCUCUUCUGAGCUCACUUGAAAUGUUAAACAAAUAGCAACUGCCAAACCAGGGACUUGACAAUGCAAAGUGUGUGUGUGUGUGUGUGUGUGUGUGUGUGUGAGAAGAAGACAGUGUGUGUGUGAAUGGUGUGCCUCAAUUUUAUUUAACAUUAUUGAAUAUAAAUAAUAGGAAGCCUAAAAUUAACUGUGCAACACACGGCAUUUUCUCUAAGCAUUUAAGACACACACAGCAUCAUAUUCCUACAUCUUGAAGUGCAGUGAUGGUUCAGGGACGGUCUCAGUAGAUAGCCUGUGAUGAGCAGGAAGCAGGAAACUGCUAAGGAAAAUGCUAUGUAUUGCUUGUUUAAACAAUUUAAUAUUGUACAUUUAUAACGACCUCUUGCAAAGCUGUAUUGAGCGUUUCUGUUAAAAAUGUAUUUUACUUCCUAAUUUAUUGAGAAUAUUGGGAAAACAAGACUUAACAUUCGAAACAAACAUGCUGUGUAUACACGGUGGGAAAUGGCCAAGAAAGCGAAACCCUUUCUAGAUUUUGUAUGUAUAUUUUAAACACUGGCUGCAAAUCUCUGAUACUGAAAAUUGAAAAUUUCUAUGUGCUAAUAAUUGUAUGAAGGUUUCCUCACACUGCCAACAAAUGAUCUUUAUCUUAUCCCAUUUCUGGUCAUCGGUUUAGUGAGUAAACUGGCUGGUUAUUUCAAAAUCCAGCGAGUACUGGGAGAGAGGUUUAGAUGCAGUGUUGAGUACCGUGUUCACGCUUGGAGAAACAUUCCUCCUUUAUUAGCAUUGAUGCAUCAACAGACUGGGCAGGAGAGAGCCAUUUUUCUGCUACAGCUGCUUACAUCACCAUCAUGUAUUACUGAAUCUUUUACAGUUAGAAAUAGGAGGCCAAAAAUGUAUUUUCUUAAGGAUGAAGGGAUAAUUAGACAUUUUUUUUCAAUUAACAGUUUUAUAUUUUCCCUACAGUAGUUCAAAUUGAAAGACAGAAUUUUGAGAGUUUAGAAAUAAGAUACAAAAGCUUCUGCACCGAAAAGGUGAGCAUAAUCCAAUAAAUCAUGACUUGACAGUCAUUAUAUGUAAUUAUAAAAUAUGACUAAACUGGUAUUUCACUAAUAUGUGUUUUUUAAAGCAUAUCUUCAUGUGAACACAGCAAGUUACUAAGGAGGGGUUUUCUUUUUAAACUACAAAUUUGUUGGUGUAAAGUAAAAUAACAUUUCUCAAAUCAGUGUUUUUGUAUUUAUUAUAAUUCCAAUAUCUCACAGAUAAACUUGCCUCAUAAUUUUACACACACAACAAAAAAACUCAAGGUUGUUCAUUUGCCUUACA